CUCAACUCUUCUUUCUUUACCUCUCUUAAAACGCUGCAACUGCAGCAGGGAAGUAUUAGAGCUAAGAUCUUUGGCUUAUUUCUGAAAUUCACCCUUUAAUUUUCUUAAGCAUUUCAUUUUAGUACAAAAUGCUUUUAAGGAGCGCAUCGACGCCGUUAUUUAAUUCACGGAUCCUACACGCGAAGGAUCCGUCGCCGGAGCCCGAGUCGUCGCCCCUGAUUUCACAAACCCGAUCUGUUUCGUUCAGAUUUUCGUGCUCGAGCGACGACUUGAGCCGGGGGGUGACAAGGGCGUUGUCGGAGACGGAUCUGAGGAUGACCAGCUCUCCAGUGGUACCUAAGAUGGGGAAAUUUAAGCAAAAUGUCGGGAUCCUUAAUGGGAUCUUUGUUGAGGACGAAGAGGAGGUGGAGAAAAACGAAGCUGGAUUUCAGUUGCGGAGAACGGCGUCGCUCGCUGUGGAGAAAGAGUGUGGAAUAGGCGGCGGAAACGGCGGUGGAUCUAAUACUGGUGACAACGAACGGGGCUGGUGGGAUUCGAACAGCGGAAAUGAUGGUACCGAGUUGUAUUAUCAGAAAAUGAUCGAAGCUAAUCCUAGAAAUCCACUUCUCCUCAGCAAUUACGCUAAAUUCUUAAAAGAGGUUCGUCGGGAUUUGGUGAAAACCGAAGAAUACUGUGAGAGGGCGAUAUUGGCAAAUCCAGAUGACGGGAAUGUUCUAUCUAUGUAUGCCGAUUUAAUCUGGGAAACUCGCAAAGAUAGUUCCCGAGCUGAAACUUACUACGGUCAAGCUGUUAAAGCUGCUCCUGAUGACUGUUAUGUGCUAGCAUCAUAUGCACGGUUUCUUUGGGAUGCUGAGGAAGAAGAUGAAGACGAAGAAGAACAAGUAGUGGAAAAUUUGAGUAAAGGAUCAGAGCAAAGCUUUAUCCAUGGAGUUCCUUCAAUGCCUCCACCUUUGACUGCUGCUUCUUAAGACUCUUCUGACAUAGCUUUCUCUGACUUCUGUUAAUAUUUACUUUUUCUUUGUUUUGUGUUGAGUAGAAAUGAUGUGAGUGAGCUUUGUAGUUAUUGAGAACUCUGUUUUGGUCUUCUCAUCCUUGGGAGUACCAUGUAAAAGGAAAAAAAAUAAGACAUGCAAAUGAAAUUUUCCAUUGAA